AUGCCUCAAGGGCUAGCGGUUGAUGGGGGUGGGGAAAGGGAACGAAUUGUGGGAACUGUGAUUGGAAUGUUGGGAAUUGUGGUUGGGAUUGUAGUGGGAAUAGAGGGUAGUCCUGUAGCAGCCGGCAAUGGAGGCAAUGUGAGCUUGGGUGUGGUGGGCAGAGCGGGGAGUGUUGGGUUUGGAAGAGUAGGGAAUUGGGUGCUGGGCAAAGAUGGCAUUGCUGCGGGCUUUGGCAGAGUUGGGGCUGUUGGCAAUGUUGGCAGAGUAGUCGGCCAUGGUGGCAAUGUGGCUUUCGGCAAUGUUGGCAUGGCCGGCAAUGGAGGAAUCACCGUUGGCCUGGGAAGAGAUGGAAUUGAAGGCAGUGUUAUUGCCGGUGGUGGUGCUGUGGCUGGAUUAGGGGUAUCCAGAAGGUGA